GACAGAACCACAACCAUGGGUCAGAAGUUGGAAAAGCUUUCUGAAAAGGAUGAAGAAUCACUUGAUAAUUCAGACUGGUCUGAGCAAACUGGGGAAACAGAAAUGUUGGAGACAGCAGAUCAAGUUGAGAGCAGAGAUCAGGACGAUGGCAAUUUUGUGACCCCUGGAAGUAUUGGUGGGAAUAGUGGGAUCACUAUCAGUGGCAUCAUGGCCGCUGGGCAUGCAGGGGGGCUUACAGUCACUUCUGCACGUACAGAUCCCCAAACUGGGCAGCCAAUCAGACCUCUAGGUAUGUGGGGGAACCCUCCAAAGACAAGGGGGGAGAGAGUGGGUGGAGACAGGGAGAGCAAGAUUGUCAGUCACAGUUCACAAGAGUCAAAGACUGUCCCGAGCCUAAAGGAGACAAGACAAGCUUCGAACAAAGAGCAAGGCUUUGGGAGCAAGGCUGUGGUCUUAGCUGGGACUACAGCUAUGGAGGAGCAGGAAAAUGUAAAACAAUCUAAACUUGGUUGUCGCAAAUUAAGUUUUGGUUCUCAAACGAGGAGUCUAUCAGCCUCAUGCGAUCCAACUCUUGAGGAAGACUUUGUGUUGCUGGAGAGGGAUGAAACUUGGACGUCAUCCGAUGGGGAAAAUAACAUAACUUUUGGCGACGGGAUAAAAAUUGAGAAACCUCAGCCAUCUAUUGAAAGAAGAGUUAAUGAAGAGGCCUCUGCUAGCUACAGUGAUGGCAAUCUCUCACAACAAGAAAAGGACAACGAGAAGACAACCAGUAGAAGAAAUGAGACAGCUUCAGUCAUGACUUACAGUGUGGAAACACAUGCUAAGGGUUCCCCCACAGACAGUUUUCAGAGGGAAAGGGGUCAACAUUUGGCUGAAGUGACAGGCAGCAGGUGUCGGCUAAAAGGAGACGGUCAUGUCGGAGCUACCAACACUGAGACAACUGGUAGAGCGAAAGAAGAGAGGGAACUUAACAGGAAUAACCAAAGUGAAGGAGCAGUUACUACUAAUAUUAAUAAGGAGCACAUGUCAACACAAAACAACAGCAGAUUGGUAAGAGGGAGCAGUGGUGGUUGGGAACCAUGCUCGGAAAAGGUUGCUCCUGUGGAAGCAGGUCAGUCCCAUCAAAGCAUGUUUGCUGUAGCAGUCUCCAGGAGGGCAAGAGAAGGUGCUCCUGGUUUGUGUACCACAGAAGAAAACAUCCAAGAGUUCGGCAAAGCAGCUGACCAUCACUUCCCUAGGACCCCUGACUUUGAUUUACCACUGCUGCGAGACAAUGUUUCAUUUUCGUUGGAACAAAGCAAUGCUAUCCCUUCUCUUCCUUUGCCAGGGAACGAAGGCAGCGAUAGAAAGACACAGAUUGCCAGCUUAAAGAGGGAGAGUGAACUUGUAUGUUUCUCUGCUGUCAUCACCCCUCCACCUGUAACUCAUCUGUUGCCCAUGAGUGACACAUCAAUGGAAAUGGUGGCGUCUGAAGCCACGCCAGCCUCAUGUGAUUCUAUAGAUGAGUGUACACGAAAAGAAAAGCCCAAAGUUAAAGGUCCACCUCCACCUGUCCCUAAAAAACCUAAAAACCCAUUUAUAAAGCUUAAAACUGCACAGUUAAGGUCUACUGAUGUGCAAAGACGAGGGAAAGAUCAUCUGCGUUCUGAGGAGACGGUCAGGAGGAGACACACUUUUGAUUUCAAUAAAAUCCUACCCUGCAACCCUCCAACUAAUCAGGACAUGUGCUUGCUUUGGGACGAAAAGGGAACUUAUAUGGUGCCAACCAACAUACGACGGCUGUCAGCUGACUUCAGCCAAUGGGAUCCCUCGCUUGGGAGCAUAGAUGAUCAGUUUGGAGAUAUGAUAGACUUUGACUACUGUGCACGAAUGGCAAAACUGUCUCCAGAGGAAGACCUGCAGAACCUGGACAUGUUGCAAAGAAGAGUGUUCCUAGAGAGACGGUCCAGGUUUAAAAAUUCACCACCUCCUGAUGCAAAAAAGCCCCCAAAUCCUUACGCAUCGACAGAUACUGUGCACAACCAUGAAGUUACAGCAAAAAAUGAAAUCCAACGACCAAAACCUGUUUGUUCAGGGAAAAGAGAAAUCUACCAGGAGCCCCUAUCUGAAAGAGACAGCACACAGGAAUACAACUACAUCGAUACUACCAAUGGUAACAAUAAAGACACAAGUGAAUACAGUAGAUAUGGGGAUGCAGGAAGUGAGGUGGUUUCAUACAAGCCUGUGUCUGAAAUAAUCAAAGAAACAAAUCAAAUGCAGAGACAUCAGCGCCGGGUCAAACCUGAGGGGACCAAAGCUCUGGUUCGGAUAGCAGAGCAGAGUCCAAGUGUAAAAGUUUCCCAAAUGAAGAACGCUUUUGAUGUCCCAAAGAAAUCCAGAGAGAGACAACCAGAAGUUCAAGCAUCGCCAAAGAAAGAUAUGUUGCGGCGAGUUGUGCGACAGAGCAAGUUCCGUCAUGUGUUCGGUCAAGCCGUGAGGAACGACCAGUGCUACGAUGACAUCCGCGUGUCCAGGGUCACAUGGGACAGCUCCUUCUGUGCCGUCAACCCCAAAUUUGUUGCCAUCAUCAUAGACGCCAGCGGGGGUGGAGCCUUUCUUGUCCUUCCUUUGCAAAAAACUGGUCGUAUAGACAAGGUCUACCCUACAGUAUGUGGUCACACAGGCCCUGUGUUGGACAUCGACUGGUGUCCUCAUAAUGACCUUGUUAUUGCCAGUGGAUCAGAGGACUGCACAGUCAUGGUUUGGCAGAUUCCUGAAAAUGGACUGGAGACCCCCCUGUCAGAGCCUGUGGUCGUGUUAGAGGGCCACUCUAAGAGAGUCGGUAUCGUGUCCUGGCAUCCCACCGCUCGUAACGUUCUCCUCAGUGCAGGUUGCGAUAACCAGAUCGUCAUCUGGAAUGUGGGCACGGGAGAGGCCAUGAUCAACCUGGAGGACAUGCACCCUGAUGUGAUCUUUAGUGUCAGCUGGAGCCGCAAUGGCAGCCUGCUGUGCACCGCCUGCAAGGACAAGAAGGUCCGCGUCAUUGACCCUCGUAAAAAGAAGGUUGUUGUGGAGAAGGACAAAGCCCACGAGGGAGCUCGGCCAAUGAGAGCGAUCUUUUUAGCAGAUGGAAACAUUUUCACAACUGGAUUUAGCCGCAUGAGUGAGCGCCAGCUAGCCCUGUGGAAAACUGACAACAUGGAUGAGCCGAUAUGCGUACAAGAGAUGGACUCCAGUAAUGGCAUUCUGCUUCCCUUUUAUGACCCGGACACCAACAUAGUCUACUUGUGUGGGAAGGGCGACAGCAGCAUCCGGUACUUUGAGAUCACUGAUGAGGCCCCGUUUGUUCACUACCUCAGCACCUACUCCACCAAGGAGCCCCAGAGAGGGAUGGGAUACAUGCCCAAAAGAGGACUGGAUGUUAACAAAUGUGAAAUUGCAAGGUUUUACAAAUUGCAUGAGAGAAAAUGUGAACCAAUCAUCAUGACGGUCCCACGUAAGUCCGAUCUGUUUCAGGACGACCUGUAUCCGGAUACAGCCGGUCCCGAUCCCGCCGUGGAGGCAGAGGAGUGGUUUGCUGGGAAAAACGGAGGCCCGAUCCUGAUCUCGCUCAAAGACGGAUACGUCUCAACAAAGAACCGGGAUCUGAAAGUGGUCAAGACGAAUGUGCUGGAGACCAAAACGGUCACGAAACCAGAACCCAUCUCUACUGUCCAGAAGCACGUGUCUCCACAGCCCUCAGUAAAAAUGGAAGAUAAACUGGAAGAGGUACUCCGAGAGUUCAAGUCACUCAGGGACCGCGUCAUCCUCCAAGACCGACGAAUCGCCAGACUGGAAGAGCAGGUCGCCAAGGUUGCCAUGUGAUACGGUUUUGGAGAGGACCGAAUGGACGGGGUCUGCCACGGCCAAAUAUACAAGAUUCGGAUCAAAGCUUGGCGUCGUCCCUGCGAUUAGGCCAAGCCUACAUUCCAAAAUGAACUUUUAAUUUUUUUUCCCUUGCCAACUUUCACAUGUCCCUCAGCCCCACACACACAGAAAAGAAAAAAACUCUCUCAGCUCAAGUUCACAUUUGAAGGAAAGACAUUUUUGUUGAAGGAAAAGUCUUAACUUUUUUGUGAUAUCAAUUCUCAUGUGAAGUUUGUACUUACUACUCAGAAACUGUAUGUAGCAUCAGUAUUUCCAUUGUUAUCAUGAUUUCUUUGUGUGUUGCCAAAUAUGAGUGGUGUGUGGUUUCAUGCACUGCUUUUACGUUUAUUUUCCUUCUUGAAGUACAUUCCAAUCACAACCUGGUAGAUUGAGUUUGUCGAGCUGGAUUCUUUUUUUAAACGAUAGCUGUUCAACUUUUAUCCUGCCACCAGUUUGCUCAUUGCUUACCAUCAGAUUUAUGAAUGUGGAAGAAUUCCUCGAUUCUUCUUUUUUUCCCUUGUUAUGCUGGGCUUGAAAUUCAACAUUAGGUUUUUUUGGGGGGGAAGGGGGUGUUGCAUCUAUCUGGUGUAAAUGUUGUGCAAAUGUAGUGGUGCCUCUCGUCACUGUUAAGGGUCAAACUGCAGUCGCCCUCUCCAGUGCAGAUUCGGUGUUGGGAAGGGACCACUCACUCGGCUUGUGUUUCACUGAACCCCUGACAAACCGUUCUGUGCACAUAAUAAAGAUUUUACACAGGAAAAGAAAA